AUGAGAAAAAAAGAAUUGUUUAAAAAUACUGUUUACUUUUAACCUCAUGAAAGUUAUUUAAGACCUGUAAGGAAUUUCUUUUUGGUCUAUAAGAGGAUUUGUUGCUGGGUUUAUAGGAAUGGUAACUGGAUUAACAAUGGUAUUGGUGAAAAAUUCUUUUUUUUAUGCUUUAGGGGUAAGGAAUUAAAAAAGAUUUUAUAGAAUUUAGCAGUUCUUAUAUUCACAAAUUAUAGUUAUAGAUUACUAUAAAGAUAUAAUGUAGGUCAUAUAAAUUUUUAUAUUGAAUUUUUAAUUGUUGUUUUAAAUAUUAUUGGUAAUUUUGUAUGGGGUAUUGAGAAUGAUUAUCGAGAUGGUUUUAGUUCAUUUGAGUCACAGCCUUCAACAUGUGGAAAUUUUGUCAUAGAUUAUUGA